UUCCGUACGCGGCGCUUGGCGAGGUGACAACUGUGCCGGGGAGCACGACUCGCGCCACGCACUCGCCGACAGAUAUCGGUGACAGAUCGCACCGUGCGGCGAUCGGGUACACUUCGGUUCGGGAAAAUCGCGAGACUCCGCUCGCGGGUCUCUGGCCAUGAUCGAACCCGGCGAUCGGUCUCGCGACAGGAAAGCGCGAUCCAGCGACGAUCGAGCGGAAGAUCGAAUUACGAACGAACGCGAGGAGCAUCGAGGCGAUUGAUCGUGGAAAGCUCGAUUAGCAUACAUAUUAGAUAGAAACGUCGCCCGGUAUGCCUCGAUAAUCGUUUCGUACGGAACACCGCGGUCGGCGACUCGCGUCAAAAUGACGCGGGUGUAAUAGAAGCCGUUUGGCAACCGGGAGAGGAUUAAUCUUCGGGCCAGAACUAAAACCCCCGAGGUCCCACCGGUAGACAGGUGGCUUGUCAGUCAGUCCCGCCGCGAAAUAGGAGCUCGUGCCGCGAUAGAGCCACGCGAUAGUAAAUCACAAGGUGGCGGGAUUUCGCGCGGCUGUCAGGCGGAAACGCCGCUCCGUUCCGCUUCGCUCCGCACCGACUGACAACACCCUCUUCAGCACGUCACGCGGCCGACGCGAGUUUUUACGAAACGCGCCAAGACGACGACGACGACGACUGCGCAAGGAUUCGCAGCCGCGCUGCCACACCGCCGUUAUCUUUACCGUCGUCAUCAUUUCCGAAACCAUCGGAGUCAACCACUCCGCCGACUUAUGCCCCGCGUAAUUCUCGGUUGCCGUAAAUAACGCCACGCACUUUGGCGAGUAACGGCUGGCGAGGCCGGGCCCUCGCGGUCCCCGGGUCGCGUGUACGUGUGUGCUACCACGGUGGAAUCCCGCUCGUAAUGACUCGUAAUUGCGCGGAGGAGGAGUCGACGUCGUGCUGGAACGAUUUAAGGGACACCUAGCAGCGCCACCCACACCCUCCGUUUAUAAUGAUUAGGUGCACGCGACUACGGGGAUUACCUGGUUGAGGUGGAGGACCCCGGUGUGAAGGUGCUCCGAGACGCGAGGGUGGACGGAGACGCGGAGAGGCUAAUGUGAGAGGCUGAAAUCUGAAUACGACGGUGGUUUUGAUCGCGACCCCCCGACAAACUUCGUCCCUGGUACCUCUCGACCAAACGAUCCAAAAGGGGCCGAUCGUUAGCACGCUCGGGCGCGGAUCGUCGGACGUUUUCGACGGCACUACUCGAUCGUUGGAAAGAUUCAAUUUGGAAGGGCGUAAUGGACACGUCACCAACGUUAAGCAUCGGCGGUUCGAGGGCCAGGGCGGCCCUUUUGACCACCAGCGGCACCGGAACCGGCAGCACCGACAGACGGGUCGUCUUUUUAGCAAGUCAACCCUCGGUCGGCAGCAGUCACGAGACCAAGACCUGGCCUCACCAUUGGUCGCCGCACACGACCGGAAACAGUUACAAAUCGCCAGAGGAAUCGCCGCACACGGAGCACGGCAGACUGAGGAUGUCCAGGGGCCAAGGAGGGUGGUCCGACGAGCCCUGCACUUCUAGUAGUGCAAGUCGGCGCGGUGGAGCACGGCAAACAGCGGGAUCAUCUUCGAGAACGGCAUCUUCUAUCUUGGAGGAGCGCGCUUCCGGUACCACGCCAUGUAAAAGUGGCUUCAGAUUAGGGGUCUACGGCUGGAGGAAAAAAUGUCUUUAUUCUCUCGUGUUAACCCUUAUGGUCAUCGUCAUUCUCAACCUCGCCCUCACCGUCUGGCUUCUUAAAGUCAUGGGAUUUAGUUCCGAAGGUAUCGGCUCCCUAAAAGUGGUGCCUGGGGGAAUCGAGCUAAGAGGUCAAGCUGCCGUGUUAGACGCCCUCGUGGCCUCCAGCCUGAGAUCUCGGAGGGGCAAAAACUUAGUGCUGGAAUCAUGGAGUAAUUUUACGGCCUCGGCGAGAUCUCACGAUGGUCGGCUUCUCGCGCGAUUAACAGUUGGGGAGGAUCGCGUCGACUGUGUGUCCAGAGGUUUCCGAAUAACCGAUCCACGAGGAGGAGUGCUCUUUUCCGCGGACAAGGAACAGGUUAUCGUGGGAGCGGAAAUGUUAAGGGUGACCGGCGACGGUGGUGCCGUUUUUCAAGGGAGCGUGCAGACUCCGCUGGUCAGAGGCGAAUCGGGACGUGGUCUUAAGCUCGAAUCGGCGACGAGGUCCUUGAAGAUAAACGCUCCUCAGCGGGUGGUGAUCGAGUCCUGGGCGAGCGAGAUUUCAGCCUCCUGCCUGACGGAUUUAAAACUACAGAGCGUUCACGGAGCCAUCCGGCUUGACGCCAAGUCCGUCUACAUAAAGGGCUUGAAAACGGCGAUUCCGCUGCAAGGGCACUCGUCCAGGGAGCAACAGCAGCAGCAGCAGCAGCAGCAGCAACAGCACUCCGGCAGAUCUUCGUCCGCUCAUCAGAGCCAGAAGGAGACCACCAUCUAUCAGCUGUGUGCGUGCGCGAGCGGCAAACUCUUCCUCGCCAGGUCGGAUGGCAGUUGUCAGGCCGACAAGUCGAUUUGCUAAUACAAUUACGUGGUGGUGUAUUGCGAAAUCACAGACGAUUCAUUAGGAAUCAUUGCGAACUACGUGACUCAGUGAUGUGUUAGCGAGAAAAAAAAGAGAACGAGAGAGAAAGAGAGCGGAAAAUGCACUGCGAUCGGCCAUCAGCGCGAUCGGGGACGAGGCCUUCAUUGGAACACUGCAAAUGAUAUCAAACGAAUCUGUCGCGCCAAACGGGCGAAAGAAAACCCCCGAAGUGCAACGUGUCAGCGGAGAAAGAGUUAGAGAGAGAGAAAGAGAGAGAAAGAGAGAACUUGGUAAACGCCGAGUAUGAUAUAGUUGAAGCUAAUUAAUUAUUCCCAGCACGCGCUAUUUUUCGAUGAACGCGGCGUAUGCACGAUACGCCUUCAAGUGCCGGGCGCCCUUCGAGAAUCUCUGGUUUACUUAGGGCCUAAUCUGACGACCUGACGAGCGGCGUCGCGACCCCCUCCCCCAAAGUGCAUACGUGUCAAUUAAAUGGAAUUGCAUCGAGCGCUUUUCCUUUUUUUCCCCUCCUUUUCUUUCCUCCCCGUAUUUUACAGUUCAACGUCAGUCACGUUUAAUUGAGUCGUCGUGUAAGGGCACAAUCGGGCGUUGUUGCGGCUUCAAUCCCGCGCUUAAGGCACACGUCAAUCUUCCAUAGUCACGGUGUUUCACGGGCACGACCCAAUCUUCGUUCCGUGAAAUAUUCGACCGAUCCGGCGCGACGCACGGCGAGACGCGCGAAUAAACGCGUCGGACGUUUUCCCUCGAAGCAGGGAACGCACCCGUCGCGCGGACACAAAGGGAAUUCUCGCGAGGCCUUGACCGGAAAGAUUCUCUCGAAUUCGCGGGUAUUCGAAGAAUUCUCUCUGAGGACUCUGAGGAAUAUUCUUCUGAGCGGCAUUCACCAAGGGGGGGCUUCCCUUUAACUUUUUCUCGCGCCAGCGCCGUCGGUCAAUGCGAUACGCGAAAAGGAAAGCGCGAGAUUCUCGCCCGAAAGCCGCCGUCUUGCAUUGUAAAAGAAGACUUCUCGCGACGCGACAUUUCCUCCGUCGUUUCGCGGUGCGCUCGCUCGCUCGGCGUCCUGGAUUCGGCUCCAACUUGUAUAUUUCCUCCCCCGGCGGGGCGACAUUUGUCAGGGGAGAGCCUUCGAGAUAUCUAUCGGGGAUCCGGAAGAAAUCAGAUCCCCGUGAUAUCGCGGAUAGAACAUGUAUAACUAUGUGUACGUAUAGCCGAACGUUAACGCGAGAUGCUCGGACUGAAUUCUCGUCUCACGUCGUCGUUAAAAGUGCGCGACCGCGAGGUCCUUAAAAGUUCAGCGCAAUCUUUAAAAAAAAAAGAUAUGAAAUUAGGUGGCUGCGUGCUCUCUGGAUGCGAUGCUGAAGACGACAGAUGAAGAUGGGAAUUCGGAUUCCGCUUUGUAUCGCUGGGGCGAGACGCGCUUAUCGCCGUUAGACAGUGCCCGAUAAAAUCGAAUCGACGAACUCCCCCACGAGAUCAUCCCUCUUUCGUUCCCGUCCCUUCGUAUAGCACUUCCGUCAUCUCCUUGCGCGUUCGAUACUUUGUAUUCUGUGUACCGGUUGUACGCCUCGCGCGGCGAAACCACUUGUAGGCAAAUUGUUCGUAGCUCUCCCUGCUCUCCACAAGCCCGCGCUCUCGCACGGUGCUGAUGGCGCGAGGGGCAUGCACCCUUUCAGGGAGACUAUUCCUCGCGAAUCGCUUGUUUCUAACGCGGUGUCAUGUUUAACCCGUGCUCCGAUACAAAGUAGAAGCGUUGUUGUAAGUAGAGCGACGACUGCAUCGGGCUGCGCGUGCCGCCGGAAAAGGCGAGAGAAAGUUAGAGAGAAAGAGAGUAUAUAUGUGCGUGCGUGUGUGUGUGUGUGUGUGUGUGUGUGUGUGUAUAUGUACAUGAGAGACUGUGAACGGUAGUUUGACGCAACAGGAUCGGAUCGCGAUCCAGCUUGUACGCUGUACAUCGGCCAUGUCCAUUUAUUUAUGUAUGUGGCAAUAAA